UGACACAAGAAAUACCUCACCAGCAAAGCAGCAAAGAGUGUACAACAGGCAGCAAUUGUGGCAUACAUUCCUCACUCAAAACGUCUCUCUGUAUGCGUAAAACGCCGCUGGAAUAGUUUUCGGUAUCAUAUUCUGGAUGCAUGCGACGUUGACCUUCAUAUGUAGAUUUUCGGUCAUGUAUUUGUAGUGUACAUUAUGUGCAUAUGGAGAAUAUUUUUUAUCUCUUCCGUAUUUCUGGCUGUCUAGAUUUGGAGUCUACAGAGAAGGGAACUGUCGCCACUUUUUGACCAACGCUUCGAAUAUUUUAUUUUGAGAGCACAAUUGGGAACAUUUGGAAAUUCUGACGUGGUUUAUAUUUGGACUUUUCACGGUUUCAGCCUAGUUGGGUGAAGGGGCCGUUUUUCAAUCCACGAAUAUCGCUCCCUUUCCAGUGUUUCGUUUUGCACCGUUCAAUUGUAGGCGGCUAUCCUAAAAACUUGGAACAGAACAUUUUCUCAGAAAUACACUUUUCGUUUGAUCUGGUGUAUUGUGCGAUGCAGUGCAUAUAUACAAUUAUGAUGUAUUAUUCUUAAAAACGAGGAUUUUGGAGGUCAUCAGUGGCAAUCAUAAUGGCAAACGACGACAACCGCUUUAUAGUGGAAAAGUACAUUUGUCACAAACUCUUGAAACGAGGAUAUGCGUGGGAUUUCGAGGAUGCAGAGGAGGAGGAAGGUGCUGCUAAUAAUGGGUCGAUGAUUUCUCCUCGGCCGGGUUUGGCACGGCGGUGCCACGGGGCCAAUAACGCCGGACCGGGCAGCGUCCCUCGUCUUUCCAAAUGGCUCUCCCAACCGGACCCGCAUGCAGCUAUUCACAGAGUUUUGCGUGAGGCCGGGGACGAACUCGAAAGACUGUACCAGCCCGACUUCGCAGAGAUGUCACACCAGCUGUAUCUUACAUCCUCCACGGCUGAGAGGAGAUUUAGAGAGGUGAUAGACGAGCUGUUCAGGGAUGGGGUUAACUGGGGACGGAUUAUCGCCUUCUUCGAGUUCGGGGGCACAAUAUGCGUGGAAUGCGUGAACAAGGAGAUGACGUCGCAGGUGGAUCACAUCGCGGUGUGGAUGACAGAGUAUCUAAAUGGACCACUGCUCAACUGGAUUCAGGAGAACGGGGGAUGGGAGGCCUUUGUUGAGCUCUAUGACAGACAGAGGGACUCGGUGUUCUGUUCGUGGCCGUCCAUCAAGACCGUCUUCGGCCUGGCUGCACUGGGGGCCGCAAGCCUUACAAUCGGAGCAUACCUUACACAGAAGUGAAGGAGUUCUCCUUUUCUCUCCCUCUCUUUUUGUCCUCCCUCCCUCUUGCUACUUUCUCUUUUCAAAGGCAACUCUGCCCCCUCCGAGACGAUCCCGAAUCCCCAACCUGCAUGUCUUCAAAGCCUCUCUCUCUCUCUUUCUCUCCCUGUUCUCGAAAAAACAGCCCUCUUUCUUAACCCUCACUUCAUAAAACAAAGGCCCAAAUCAAACAACAGCAGGAAACAGAGUCACUGCCCAGACAGAAGAAAACAUGUCAUGAAACAGUCACUGCCCACACAGAAGAAAACAUGUCAUGAAACAGAGUCACUGCCCACAGAGAAGAAAACAUGUCAUGAAACAGAGUCACUGCCCACACAGAAGAAAACAUGUCAUGAAACAGAGUCACUGCCCAGACAGAAGAAAACAUGUCAUGAAACAGUCACUGCCCACACAGAAGAAAACAUGUCAUGAAACAGUCACUGCCCACAGAGAAGAAAACAUGUCAUGAAACAGUCACUGCCCACAGAGAAGAAAACAUGUCAUGAAACAGUCACUGCCCACAGAGAAGAAAACAUGUCAUGAAACAGUCACUGCCCACAGAGAAGAAAACAUGUCAUGAAACAGUCACUGCCCACAGAGAAGAAAACAUGUAAUGAAACAGAGUCACUGCCCACAGAGAAGAAAACAUGUCAUGAAACAGAGUCACUGCCCACAGAGAAGAAAACAUGUAAUGAAACAGAGUCACUGCCCACAGAGAAGAAAACAUGUCAUGAAACAGUCACUGCCCACAGAGAAGAAAACAUGUCAUGAAACAGUCACUGCCCACAGAGAAGAAAACAUGUAAUAAAACAGUCACUGCCCACAGAGAAGAAAACAUGUCAUGAAACAGAGUCACUGCCCACAGAGAAGAAAACAUGUCAUGAAACAGAGUCACUGCCCACACAGAAGAAAACAUGUCAUGAAACAGUCACUGCCCACAGAGAAGAAAACAUGUCAUGAAACAGAGUCACUGCCCACAGAGAAGAAAACAUGUAAUGAAACAGAGUCACUGCCCACAGAGAAGAAAACAUGUAAUAAAACAGAGUCACUGCCCACAGAGAAGAAAACAUGUCAUGAAACAGUCACUGCCCUCAGAGAAGAAAACAUGUCAUGAAACAGAGUCACUGCCCACAGAGAAGAAAACAUGUAAUGAAACAGAGUCACUGCCCACAGAGAAGAAAACAUGUAAUGAAACAGAGUCACUGCCCACAGAGAAGAAAACAUGUAAUAAAACAGUCACUGCCCACAGAGAAGAAAACAUGUAAUGAAACAGAGUCACUGCCCACAGAGAAGAAAACAUGUAUUAAAACAGUCACUGCCCACAGAGAAGAAAACAUGUAUUAAAACAGUCACUGCCCACAGAGAAGAAAACAUGUCAUGAAACAGAGUCACUGCCCACAGAGAAGAAAACAUGUAAUAAAACAGUCACUGCCCACAGAGAAGAAAACAUGUCAUGAAACAGAGUCACUGCCCACAGAGAAGAAAACAUGUCAUGAAACAGAGUCACUGCCCACAGAGAAGAAAACAUGUCAUGAAACGGUCACUGCCCACAGAGAAGAAAACAUGUCAUGAAACAGAGUCAUUGCCCACAGAGAAGAAAACAUGUCAUGAAACGGUCACUGCCCACAGAGAAGAAAACAUGUCAUGAAACAGAGUCACUGCCCACAGAGAAGAAAACAUGUCAUGAAACAGUCACUGCCCACAGAGAAGAAAACAUGUCAUGAAACAGAGUCAUUGCCCACAGAGAAGAAAACAUGUCAUGAAACAGUCACUGCCCACAGAGAAGAAAACAUGUCAUGAAACAGAGUCACUGCCCACAGAGAAGAAAAAAAUGUCAUGAAACAGUCACUGCCCACAGAGAAGAAAACAUGUCAUGAAACAGAGUCACUGCCCACAGAGAAGAAAACAUGUAAUGAAACAGUCACUGCCCACAGAGAAGAAAACAUGUAAUGAAACAGAGUCACUGCCCACAGAGAAGAAAACAUGUAAUGAAACAGUCACUGCCCACAGAGAAGAAAACAUGUCAUGAAACAGUCACUGCCCACAGAGAAGAAAACAUGUAAUGAAACAGAGUCACUGCCCACAGAGAAGAAAACAUGUCAUGAAACAGAGUCACUGCCCACAGAGAAGAAAACAUGUAAUGAAACAGAGUCACUGCCCACAGAGAAGAAAACAUGUAAUGAAACAGAGUCACUGCCCACAGAGAAGAAAACAUGUAAUGAAACAGUCACUGCCCACAGAGAAGAAAACAUGUCAUGAAACAGUCACUGCCCACAGAGAAGAAAACAUGUAAUAAAACAGUCACUGCCCACAGAGAAGAAAACAUGUCAUGAAACAGAGUCACUGCCCACAGAGAAGAAAACAUGUAAUGAAACAGUCACUGCCCACAGAGAAGAAAACAUGUCAUGAAACAGAGUCACUGCCCACAGAGAAGAAAACAUGUAAUGAAACAGAGUCACUGCCCACACAGAAGAAAACACGUAAUGAAACAGACACUGCCCACAGAGAAGAAAACAUGUAAUGAAACAGAGUCACUGCCCACAGAGAAGAAAACAUGUAAUGAAACAGAGUCACUGCCCACAGAGAAGAAAACAUGUAAUGAAACAGUCACUGCCCACAGAGAAGAAAACAUGUCAUGAAACAGUCACUGCCCACAGAGAAGAAAACAUGUAAUGAAACAGUCACUGCCCACAGAGAAGAAAACAUGUAAUGAAACAGAGUCACUGCCCACAGAGAAGAAAACAUGUCAUGAAACAGUCACUGCCCACAGAGAAGAAAACAUGUAAUGAAACAGUCACUGCCCACAGAGAAGAAAA